GUUCUUGUUCGCGCGUACUAGGCGCAUUCAGAGUCGCCUCGUCUCGCCUCGCCUUGCCUCGCCUCGCCUUGCCUUCAACACCCAUCACACCCUACUCGUACUCUCCUACCGACCACUACAACACCGCAUCCCUUCUCAUCACCUUGGCGCGGCACACAAAAUCACACCUUCGACUUUCUGUGCAUUCACCAACCUCCUUUUGGCCUACGCACUCACAUCCUACUCGCAGAGACACCCCUCUCACCACUGAUCUCAGCUUCAGCCUCGACCAGACGAUCCUCGCAUGAUUCAAUAAACAUUCUCAUCAGCUACCCCGACCCUUUGCGCCCCUCGACACCUUUGCCGAUGAUGCUAAGGCGGAACAAGAAGAAGGAGCAGCAGGCACCACCAGCCGCCAGUGGCAGUACAGGGCCCCUCAGCGAUGCAGACCCCUAUGCCACUGCGACCUCACCCCACUCGACAUCUCGACCGGCAACCAUCGAGCCACAGCAGUCUCCCACUUCUAGUCGUACAACGGGCAGCUUCGGCAGAGCUGCCCAGGCUGAUCUGCGGCGACAACAGAGGGGCUACCAGGGAAAUGGCAACCUCGGCUCCAGCGGAGAUGGUGACAGAGGCAUGCCUAGCAGUGGCAGUGCAGAAGCUAUGCCACCACCUGGUGCACAAUCCUCCUACCCACAAACAGGCUCGGGCAUGCCAUCGUCUGCCUCUACUGCCACUUUUGCACAACCUCAAAGUACUUCAAGAUCAGGGGGAGCUCUUGGCUUCAUCUUCUCAAAGGCCAAGAAUACAUUCGCCGGCUCUUCGUCAAAUACUGGGGGCGGCGAGAGUGGUCACAUGGCUUCCACCUCGCUAGGCUCCAGCUCAGGCAUGCCUGCUUCCUCUACUUCAAUGGCAUCACUGGCUAGCUUGCAAGAGGAUGGUGACUUCUACAGGAUCGACCCCAGAGCACCUGGCAUGCAAAAUGGAGCAAUGUCCUCGCCAUCCAAAGGCAGCCGCCCGAUGGGAGACGAUGCAGACUCUCGCCAGAGGGGCGGUCGCUUCGUCGGCAGCGAGGCAAUGCCGGCUACCGCAUCUUCCCCUACCAGUAAAGGGUUCUUCUCGCGCGAUCGCAAGACCUCUGUAGCCUCCACGACUCGUGCCCAUGCAGCCGUGCGAGGAGCUGGCAACGGCUCUAGCAACGCCUCGGGGCAUGCAAACACUGGAUCACUCGGCGGAGGAGGUUACGGACAAUUCAGUAGGAGUCAGGCUGAUCUGACCUCUCGCCGCGAAUACGAUAGUCCUGCUUCCAUGUCAUCCGACCUGCCCAGGAUGCCUUUCAUGGCCCCCUCCAAGUCACAGACGGCGAACAGUAUCGGCGCACCUGCUCUGGACGAUCGAGCCUUCUUGAGAUCACCAAGCCCACGCAGCAUGUUCUCGCGUAGCGCAGACGAGCUGGCGCCCAACCCUGCCUCCUUGUCUCCCAACGGCAAGGCAGGCGGACUACGAAGCCCCUCCCCUCAGAUGUUUGGUCAAAAUGGUUCCAUUCCACUCGGCAGCGGUAUCGUCGCCUUUGCUACACCUGACGAACAAGAUGAGACCUCACAGCAGCCGAUGUGGAUAGAUGGGACCGGCCGAACUCUUCAGGCCGGCUCUUCCCACUCGUCCAGGGCAGUGUCUCCCAGCGGGUCAAAAGGUGAAAUGGCCGUUUCGCUCGGCACUGGUGGUGGAAACAGCUCUCAGAGUACUCAGAUGGCCUUUUCUUAUGGAGCUCGUGCAAUUAGCCCAUCUCCGGAAUCAAAAGCCAGUCAUAACCGUACGGGCUCGAAGUUUGCUACCCCUGAUACAUUCUUUGGACCUUCAUCAUCUGGCAAGAAGUCUGCAUCCAGAGGGAUGGGCCAUUCUGGAGGCCUCUCGACGUCCUUCAGCCUGACGAACGUCGCAGCAGGCGCCUCGAACGUGAUUGACAGGCUACGCGGGCCAGGAGGUACUGGUUUGCCGACUGAGCCACAGAGAUCAGCUUCACUUCCGCCUGGUGUGGUCUUCCAGGGCCUGCUCAACCGCAACAUGAAUGUAGCAGUACCUCUCUCACAGCUGGGAGGACAGAGUCAGAGAGAGAAGGAUGUGUCAAAAGGUUGGAAGCCGUACAAGGUCUUGCUCAAGGAUGGGCAGAUGAUGUUCUUUAAGCCACCUGGUCAAGUCAUCGACGAGGUGAAGGAUCUCUUCCCCUCUUCGGUCGUCAGGCAGUCUGCUGCAUCAGUCAGCGCGCAAGAAGCCGUCUCCCGAGGACUAGGCCAUCAAAACUUUGAUGCAGCCAUGCUGAAGCAGAGCGGUCUCGGCACUCAAGAUCUAUUGAACGCUACCAAGGCUAGGGAUGGGUCCAGCUUGUUACCAAUGCCGCGCAGCAUCCCUUCAUCGCCGGUCAAAAAAUCGCCGCUGGCAUCCGGCCAGGACGAGGAGACGCACAGGAAGGAAACCUCGGGACCUACAAGGCCGAGCUGGCAUAGAGAGGGCAAGCACAAAGACCUUGAGCUCUCCCAAAGUAUACAGAUGCCGGCCUCUUGGCCAGCGCGCAUUCAGAGCGGCUCUUUCGAAGCGCUGGUGCACGAAUUCGUCUUUGCUUCACAGUCUACUACCGAUGAUGACCCAUCGGAUGCAGCUCACAUGCUUCAGACCGUCCUGUACGUGAGCCUUGCAAAUGGAAAGUCGAUACGAGACUUUCUUGUACAGCUGAAGGGAGAGCUCACGCAAGCUCUCGUAGUUGAAAUCGGCGAUGUACUGCAAGGGCAAAAGUGCGACAGUCAAGAGGACGUAGACCGCUUCAAGACAGGUGUGCGGACUCGUGUGAGCUCAUGCUGCGAUCUGCUCGUCCUGCAUCACGCGGAUGGGCUGCAGGGCGAGAACGCAGAGCUCCUUCAAGAUCUUGCAAAGGAAGUCUGCGGUCUCAACUUCGAUGUCAAUACAGGGCUUGGGCAGCACAGCCUCGGUACACCGGGCGAAGGGGAGCAAGACGUAACACUCUCAUCAGAUAGGGACGACUCCAAGUUGAGGAGUAAUGCCGCUCGGCCGAAGCUCGCAUCACUUGCCCAAGGUCACUUGUCUGGGUCUGACCUGCUCAGCUUCGAGCCUGCCGAUGUCGCUACUCAGAUUCAAGCUUUUCACUGCGACAGGCUCAGAGCGUUAGCUAUCCCCCGUCUGUGGGUUUCAACCUUCGCAAGGCGAGAAGCCCCUACCGAGGGCGGGGAGGAUGGCCUCCCGGCGCCUUCUUUCUUCGGAUUCAGUGGUGCACAGCCGCACUACUUGACUCGAUUGGUUCUGGACCAGCUCGUGGGCCGGAGUGCCGUCUCGAAGCAGCACGUUUCCUCCACAGCAGCAAAGCAUCGCGCUGCCCUGCUCCGACACUGGAUUGCAGUUGCUUCUUACCUGCUCAGCUUUGGAGAUAUCCUUGGCUGGGCUGCCAUUAUGGUGGCGCUCUGCUCAAGAGCAGUUGCAAGAUUGCAGCAUUCGUGGCGAUACGUCGCUGAGGGUGACCGUAUACUCCACGCUACCUCUUGGACGCCUAAGCUGGCGAAGCUAGGCUGGAGUGAAGAAGGCCAGACGCACCUUGCAGGUGUAGUGACGCUCAGCGCUAUCACAUCUAGGCAAUUCAAGGACAAGGACGGCAGGAAACAGCAACCGAUACCUUUCUUCGGCGAUUCUCUCAGCCGCAUCCAAGACGUGCUUGGCGCUUCGAGCAUCGACAGUAGACUGCCAUUUGCCCCUUUGACGCAAGAGGUGACUUGCCUGUAUGACCUUGUCGGGGCAUGGUUCACCGACAGCUGUCAAAGUCAGCCCCUUCGACCUGCUGCGAUACCAGGGGUAGGCUCCCCAGUCAAAGAGUUUCAGCACGCUCUCCAGACGUUGGCCGCUGGUGGCUCCGUGUCAAGUGUCUCCUCUUACCUUGCUACCUCUGUUCUCAUCGAACCUUGCGGCUUGGGCAACCUGGACCUGCACUGGCGCCCCUCCCUUCCCCCACAGCUCAACGCCAAGGCGCUCAUUCCUCUGAUGUUCCCCGAAGCUCUUCCAACUCUCGACUUGCUGAAUCGGGAGGAUGUAGUGAACAUCCUCUACCCCGGCAUGUCGCAACAAAGACGGCCGAGUGGCUCCUUGGGUGGCGCUGAAGCUUCUGCUGGCUUUGCUAGGUACGUUCGCUCACCGCUCGGAGGAGCACCUCUGAAGGGUCGCUCUAGCCCGGCGUCUUUGCGCCGUACCAGGACCUACCCUGCAAUUGGUACUCGAAACAAGAGCGUGCCCUUUGGAGACAUCAGCGAAUGGGCUGCUUUAGCAGACAGAGGCGCUGCACCUCAUGAUGAAGGGACAGUGUUCAGGAUCGGAUCAGAUCUAGUGCUCAAGGCAACCGAAGACGCUCAACUCAACUCAAGCUCUGGAUCCCCGAUGCUGAGCAACGCUCGAUUCUCUCAGGAGCUCAGCAGGAGUAGACCGCUGUCUCAAAUGUCGAAGAGAUCCAGCCUUCCCGCUUCUCAGCGAAGCUCCAUGGUGGAUGCGUUCGUCUCUGUACAGGUGGUCGUGAAAGCUGCGAGCCUAGAGAGACUAGUCGAUAUCCUCGUGCUAGGCGUGUCCGACCUCACUGUCACGCUCUCCGACGACAAUGGCGAGAUACCUCUCCAAAGCGCAAGGAGGUCAAAGCUGUCAAUGGAUGUGCACGCCUUCCGCACCUCCUUCUUGGCCACCUAUCGAAGCACCUGCACCCCUAUUGUCCUCUUCGAGUUCUUGCGGAAGAGGUUCUUGGCUGCCGUCAAUGCUGCCAAGGAGAUGUCUUCGAUGCCACAGGGUGCCAAUACCAGUCGCUUUCCCAGCUGGAGCAUGUUCCCUGUAUCCUCCGCCAAAAGUGAGGCUGGGCUCGAUUCUGCUGAUCGGGACUACGCUGCUCGAGUGAGAUCAGGCGUCGUCUCGAUCUUGACAGUCUGGACACAACGGCAUACUCAAGACUUUUUGGACUUCCCAGAGCUCCUGGCUGCUUUCGAUGCCUUCAUUGGUCAGCAAGAAGAGUCGUUGCAGGGCGCAACGAGUGUGACGACCGCAUCAAAGGGCGAUACUGAUUUGUCCAAGGCGGUUGCUGCGCUUCAAGAGGUGGCUUCCACGCUGAGAGUGAACAUGCUCAGGAUCAACACACGAACUCAGUUCAAGCUGGAGGGCCCACCUCUGAAGGAGCCGUCUCCGAAUGACGAGGGUAUGAUUGAUGGCCAGACUGCAAUCGAGCGAGGCGACUUUGAUGCUGCCGGCCCACUUCAGAUUGUCGAGCACCUGGAAUGUGUCGCUUCCGUAUUUUUCGACAAGAUCAGUGAGAAGGACCUUCUGAUGGCCGCAGAGCUCUUUGAGCGACAAGCGACCGAUCCUCUAGGGUGGCAUGUGAAUCGCGAGUCAGGUGCGGCGGAGCCACAAAUGGUGACAAUGUACAAGCUUUUGGAAUCUCUGACGCCCCAAGAUGGGGAUCAUGGGGUAGCGUCACUCUCGCAAAAGCUACCUGCCAGCAUCCGAGAUGCUUGCUCUGCCCAUAGUCUCCUCCGUGGCUGGGUCGCUGUCCACAUCAUUGAGCAGCGGAUAGGCCUCGAGCGUAGACAGUCUCGAAUCGAGAAGCUCUUGGAUGCUAUCUGGAUCUGCAGAGCUCGGAUGCUCAAUGCUCGGUCAGAGGAGGUGUCGUCGACACCGCUGAGUGCUAGUGCCCCUCUCCAAGACGCAACAGUCGGAUCCUUCGUCGAGAGCGUCAUUGUAGGCAGUCUGACCGCUCCCGAGAGUCGCACUUUCGUCAGGGCAUGGCAAGGAGUCUGCCAUUCAAGAGGUGGUACUGGGGAAAGAUUGGAAGAUCUGAUCCCAGCCUCAGACUCGCUUCCAACUCUCAAUGCUGCCUCGGCCUCGCAACCAUCGACCCCCGAUGUUGGCUGGCUCUUGCGGUCUCUUGCACAAGCUGUCUCACGCAAGUCACCUCUCGCUCUUGCUGACAGCACUCUGGUCGAUUUUGAGCGAUCUCAAAUUGUUUUCAACCUCAUCGAGUCUUCUUUCGCGAUCCGCCCUACCCCCGUCAGCCAGGCAAUCGCAGAAACGGCCAGCGCACGAUUGGCCGCCAUGCAACUCAGGCUCCGCAGAGUGCAUUGGGAUCGCCGGACAUUCCGCGAAGAGGCCGCUCGCGAAGCACUUGAAGGUCAGCCACUGCCUAGCACGACGUGUUAUCGAGCUGUCAGGCCAUUGCAGAAGAUCACAGUUGCACAUGCAGAGAAACAGCGUCGAGACCGGGCAGCCUUCGAUUCUUUGAGAACAGCCGCGAUGUCGACGACAGCCUCCAGUCAGGGCUUCGACUCGAGUGCUAACAGUAGUGCGCCCGUGACUCGGUCACCCGGCUUUGGUCCACAAGAGAUUAUCGGCAGACCUUCCUUCACUGUCACCCCAGCGGCUCCAGGUCCGGCUAUUUCGGCCGAAAAACGUUCCCGCCGAGUGACGGCUUUGUUCCGUGGAGCUGUCCGCGGAACCACCGGUCUGAUAGCCAGCGGCAACGACAAGACAGAACGAACUGGUGCAGAAAUAUCUCAACGCUCCGCUGGCAGCCUGUUGAAUUUGAUCUCAACCAACCAGAAACCGGCCUCUGUCAUCAACCUCGCUGGUGCUCGAGUAGCUCUGUGGCAAAAUACUCAGCGCUCGUACACUUUUCACGUCUCUGCUCAAGAUGGCGACUGUUAUCUUUUGCAGGCGGCUACACAGGACGAUGCGAAUGAGUGGCUCAAUCAAGUCUCGAAGACCAUCCGCGAGGCGCCUGUGUCUCGUACAGGACACCCCUCGCAGUCAGACAGCAAGAAGGGCGGCUCGGCGGCGUUGCUUAGCAAGAGCAAGAGCGGAACAACGACUGCGCCGACUCAUUCGGAGCCAUUCUACGGGGUCGAGCUGAAGAUUCUUGCGGACAGAGAGGGCAGGUCCGUCCCGUUGGGCCUGGAGAGGAUGCUGGCUGUCGUCGAGGCACGUGGUCUGAAAGAGCAGGGUAUCUAUCGAAUCUCCGGAGCUAAGAAUGCCAUCGAAGGCCUCAAGCAGGCGCUUUCCACUCAAGCAGCCGAGAGUGUGAAUUUCGAGCACGGCGAGUUCAGCGAUGUCCACACCAUUGCAGGAGCCAUCAAGCAGUGGUACAGAGAGCUGCCAGAGCCUGUGGUGCCUUUCGCCUUCUACCACCGCCUUAUCGCAGCAGAGGGCAUCGAGUCUCACGACGAGAGAUUGUACGCCAUCCGCGACGUCAUCUGGGAGUUCCCUCGACAUCACUUCCAGCUCUUGCAAAGGACUGCAGAGCAUCUCGGUCGUGUGGCUGACGAGGCCGAGUUUAACAAGAUGCAGCCACACAAUCUCGGUCUGGUCUUUGGAACCUCGUUGCUCAACCCAGCGCCUUCGGCCACAUCCAUCGCAGAGAGCUUCGGGUCCCUUGGCAAGGCGGCCAAUGUUGUCAAGCUGAUCCUGACCUUCCACGACUGGCUCUUCGAGCCUGAAGCGGCGGCAGAUGCCACUGUUGAGGAGCCUGGGGAUGCGACUGUCACCGGGCGGUCCGAAGCAGAUACAGAGAUGGCCGCAGACGAUAUAGAUGAGCCAGCUGCAGACACUAGCAUCGUCGCCACCUCGGUUAGCGCACCUGAGCCACUCCAAACCAUUGCGAUUAAGGAGGAAGCAGUGGAGGGUGAAGAUGCGGAAGUGGACGCACCGCCUCAAGAAAGCUAUCGUAUCCCCGGCCUGCCGCCUCAUGACGAUUCCAGUCUUCUACCUGCCGGUCAAGCAGACGAGGAUCUGGAGCUACUGCUCACUUCGGACGCAUCUGCCGACACGGAUCGACUCCUGGCUCAGCUACAAGCAGAAGCGGACGCAGAUGCUGCUGCAGCUGCAGCUCCAAACUCUCCCUCUGCCGCUGUGAGCGCAUCGGAAUCACAAGCAGGUCUUGCUGCCAGCACUACCUCGGACAGCGAGGGAGGCGAGAUGGAGGUAAUGGAGCAGCCCGAGGUGGCCAGGCGGCGCAAGGGAGCUUCGCAGGCUCGGAGGUCUAUGCGCGAGGAGUCGGUGUAUGCCGAUGCCCUCGAGGUUGCCCUGGACAGCACAUCGGUGACGAGGGCGAGCUUGCUGCCGGAUGAGGCGAUGCUGGACAUGUUGCGGAUGAUGGGUGCGAGUGAGCUGCAGGAGGCAAAGGAAGAUGGAGCAAGUGGGAUCUGACGAGCAGACGCCAUGCCACAACGGCCAUUCGAUUCUUUCUGUUUUGUCUUCCCCUUUUGUUUCUUUUAUUCCCUGUCUUUUUCUGCACGUCCAAGUAUGGAGGUUCUUGGUUCUGACUUUGUUCUCCCACCGCUCGUCACCAGUAGCCCCCGUCUUAUUCCCCUUUGCGUCCCCGUCUUCAUUUCCUUUCGUGUCGUCCUCGACCGCGUCGUAGGACACCGUGCAUAUUGAAUGCCUAUUCUCCCA